AUGGAGCUGCCACUGAGUCAACUUAACUUCUCAGGGACACUCCUGCUUUUGGUGAUGUCAAACCUGCUGCAGUGGGAGAAAGCUACAUCAAUUCUUACAUGUCAUACUGAAGAUGGAGGCUGUAUGGAGCCCCUUGUGGAAACAUUUAACAAUGCCAUCAACAAAGCUGAAACUAUCCAUAACCUUGUUCAUCAAUUACAUGAAGAGUUUUUCUACAACGAAUUUUCUUCCAGUCAGUUUUCUAUUAUUGUUGACCGAGUGCAUAAGAGGGAUCAGACUGCUUUCACAGCCAAAAUUUCCUGUCAUUCUAAUACCACAAACCCUACAGCUAGUGGAACUGAACAAACAAAUAUAAAAACCAAAAGAUAUAUAAAAAUUAUUAUCAAUUCUGUGGGUGCCUGGAUCAGCCCUCUAUAUCAUCUGGUGAUUGAACUGAGUGCCAUGGAAGGAGUUCCUGAAACUAUCCUUUCAAAAGCCAAUGAGAUGGAAGAGAACAACAGAGAAAUCCUGGAUGACCUUAGAUGGAUACUCACCAAGGCCUAUCCUAAAACAAAGAAGAAGGAAAACUUUCCCAGCUGGAACUAUCUCCCAUUCUUAAAGUCAAAUGACAAAUAUUAUAAGUUUUUGGCAAUGUACAACCUUUCUAAUUGCCUAAAAACUAGUAUAUCCCACACUACGCAUCAUCUCAGAGUUCUGAAGUGUCAAGUAACCAGAAAAGGUUGCUAA